AGGGCCUUGGGUUCUUGGAGGACCGGAGCGAGAAUUUCUGUCUCUGAGAAGAUGUCGUGUUUGUCAGGAGGAGAGCUGAGAGAGAACAGGGGCGAGUCGGGCCUUAGAGGGCAACAAAUUCAACUGGCAAGAAGCAUCUCAAUCGGGAUCGGAGAACACUUGCGUUGGCUGAUAGAAAGCCAUGCGAGGGUGAAGACGAUGGGGUGCAGCGCCCAGGGUGAGACCCAUCGUGGUACCAGAAGGAGGAUGGCUUCAGCCCCUGCUGACCCACUCCACCGCCCCUGCUGAUGGGUGGCAUCCCUGGCCUGCGACAAUCCAAGGGGAGACUCAGGGAGCGGCGGAGGCCUGCAGCGAGGCUGAGCUUUUAAUAGACUAAAGAAUAAUAAACGUUUUGUGUUUGGAUAAGAAGGCAUUAUUUUUCUUCCCAGUCUCUUCUCCUCAAAGGAUUCCAAGCCGAUCCGUGUUCUCGAGCUGUGGGUGUGGCUGUAUUCGGGGGGCUGAGGGGAGGGAGUGGAGGGCGGAGAUUGGCCCCCAGUGACAAGGCCGGGGCUCCAUCCUCUCCCGCAGACAGGGGUCUGGCCGAUCGAUGACUCCGCCGCCCCGGGGAUCCGGAACAGAUCCCUGAUCCCGGCUCCCGGGGAUGAGCCAUUGGAGGGCGGGAGCUAGAACCUGAAUCACCUUCACCGAGCGGGACCCCAGUGCCUGACGCGAAUGAUGGCGGAGAAGGGGGACUGCAUCGCCAGCAUGUACGGCUACGACCUGGGCUGCCGCUUCGUCGACUUCCAGCCCUUGGGCUUCGGGGUCAACGGGCUGGUCCUCUCGGCCGUGGACAGCCAGAGCUGCCGGAAGGUGGCCGUGAAGAAGAUCGCUGUGAGUGACGCCCGGAGCAUGAAGCACGCGCUGCGGGAAGUCAAGAUCAUUCGCCGUCUGGACCACGACAACAUCGUCAAGGUAUACGAGGUGUUGGGGCCCAAGGGGGUGGACCUGCAGGGACAGCUGUUUAAGUUCAACGUGGUGUACGUGGUCCAGGAGUACAUGGAGACGGAUCUGGCCCGGCUGCUGGAGCAGGGCACUCUGACUGAGGACCAUGCAAAGCUCUUCAUGUACCAGCUUCUCCGCGGGCUGAAGUACAUUCACUCAGCCAACGUCCUGCACAGGGACCUGAAGCCGGCCAAUAUUUUCAUCAGCACCGAGGACCUCGUCCUGAAGAUCGGGGACUUUGGCUUGGCCAGGAUCGUCGAUCAGCACUACUCCCACAAGGGUUAUCUGUCAGAAGGGUUGGUAACGAAAUGGUAUCGAUCUCCUCGCCUGCUCCUCUCACCCAACAACUACACCAAAGCCAUCGAUAUGUGGGCGGCAGGGUGCAUCCUGGCAGAAAUGCUCACGGGGAGAAUGCUGUUUGCUGGAGGUCAUGAGUUGGAACAGAUGCAACUCAUCCUGGAGACAAUCCCUGUGAUCCGGGAGGAGGACAAAGAUGAACUCCUCAAAGUGAUGCCUUCCUUCAUCAACUGCACCUGGGAAGUGAAGAAACCACUGCGGAAGCUGCUUCCUCAAGUGAACAGCGAAGCUAUUGAUUUCCUGGAGAAGAUCCUCACCUUUAACCCCAUGGACCGCUUAACAGCCGAGCUGGGGCUGCAGCACCCUUAUAUGAGCUCUUACGCCUGCCCCGAGGACGAGCCCAUCUCCCAGCACCCAUUCCGCAUCGAGGACGAGAUUGACGAUAUCCUGCUGAUGGCGGCCAAUCAGAGCCAGCUGUCCAACUGGGACAGGUAUCACAUUAGUCUGUCUUCAGACCUGGAAUGGAGACACGAUCGAUACCAGGCCACCAGCGAGGUGCAGCGGGAUCCCCGCGCGGGCUCCGAAUCCAUCGCAGAAGAGGCCCAGGUGGAUCCACGGAAGUAUUCCCAGAGCAGUUCGGAACGAUUCCUGGACCAGUCCCACUCGUCCAUGGACCGGGCAUUUGAAGCGGACUAUGGGAGGUCCUGCGACUACAAGGUCGGCUCGCCCUCCUACCUGGACAAGCUGCUGUGGAGGGACAACAAGCCCCAUCACUACUCUGAGCCCAAGCUCAUCUUAGACUUGUCCCACUGGAAAAAGGCAUCCAUCGCCCCUGCCGCCGAGCUGGCCUUGGAGGAAGAGCCAUCCAAUCUCUUCCUGGAGAUCGCCCAGUGGGUGAAAAGCACCCAGGCAGGGCUGGAGUGCCCCGCACCUCUCCCCGAGAUCCAGGAACAGAGUCUGCCCACCUCCCCCAACCACCAUCGGGCUCCCAAGGAGGCGAACCACGCCACUGACCCUCAGUUCGACUUGGACGUCUUCAUCUCCCGGGCCCUUAAACUCUGCUCCAAACCCGAGGACCUGCCCGACAACAAGCUGGGCGAGAUCAAUGGGGCCUGCAUCGGAGAGCGCCCCAACGACAUUGUGCAGACCGAAGCCUAUCAGAAGGAGAGGUGGUGAGGGGGUCCGGCGUGGCCCCUGGCCCCAUCUGGCCCAGCAUUCACAGCUCUGCUUCUUGACAAAGGGCUGGGAGCAAGCAAUGGUGGGCUGCGGAAUGGCUCACCGGCCCCCUGUUGAGCCAUCUUCUCCUGGUCAAGUGGGAGGUACCCCUCGAUGCCUUUUGCUGAAAGGCAGGCACCAAGUCUCGGGCCCUCUUCCGAUGCCUUAGGGUUAGCAAAACCCUUCAAGGGAUCCCAGUUUCUCAAAUUGCCUUAACAACUCAGCCUUUAACCUCUAUCACCUGCCCUGAACACGGGUCUCCGGGAGGGAGACUAUUGUCCAAAAACCCCAGCGUGCGAAGUCGGCAGAUGUUGGGCCCUCAUUCCUUUUUUCAGACCGUCUUCUCCUCAUGGGAGAGAAGGUGGCCCACUGAAAGGAGCGAGUUCUACCUCGUUUGCCAGGUUCAAAGAAAGGGAGCCCAGAGAUUUACCUUUAGUAGAUAAAUUCUCCCCCAGCUCACCUAAGACAAAGCAAGGCCAGAGAGCCUUUUCCCAGACAUAUCAUAGCUUAGCCAGAUCUGUGGAAGUUUCAUCUGGUUUAAUCAGAAAUUGGAAUCUAAGCCAAAGUGUUUCAGCAGAUCAGCUUGCCAUUCUAACCUAGCUCCUUGCCUGUCACUUUGGGUCUUUCUCUAAUAUCCCCAUGUUCCAGAGGCCCAAACCAAUGGACAACCCAGGGGGUGAAUCGCUGUGUGGCAUCACUGGUCUGCUGCUCCUCCACCCAAGGUAGAUGCUCACUGGCUCAGCUGGUUGGAAGAAGCCCAUGAAAGUGAACAGAGCAGGCCCAGAGGCAAGCAGGAUACAAGAGGUUAGCUAAGGGGAGUUGAGCGGGGUAAUGCCCUUUCCUGGGCACAUGAGCUUACUUGGGGUCUUUCCACUGGGAUCUUGGUGGUUGGGUGAGGGGAGGUAGCAGAGGGCCGGUCCACAAAGGGAGACCCACUGCAGUGGUAGACGGGGUUUGCACGUUUGUUUUGGGAGGAAGGUUACUGCCUUCCAUGGGCUUUGGGACCUCAGGCUCCCUAUUUCAGUCAGUCAAGCAUAAGUAUUAAUUGAGCAUCUACCAUGUUCAGCGCACUGUACUAAGCACUUGGUAGAAUACUAUAGAGGUAGAAGACCCAAUCCCAGCAAGCACAAAUAGGAAACAGUCCCUUCUCCUUCGGCAUUCUUUGCUGGCAGAGAUCUCUGUAGAGAAACCUAUCUCCUUUGCAAACUGAUAAAUCCCAUGAGCCAGUCCUGGAUCUCUUUUUACUCACACUUCUGAGGCACCUUAAGUAAUUACCCUGCUAAGUAUAGUUUGUAUACUGAAACAGACCAGAGACUUAUAUUUAACAAAAAUACUCAACCUGACCAAGUUUUUUUUAAAGAAUGGAAACUCUGUAAAUAUGAAGAUGUUUUUAGAAACCGAGCAGUAACCAAGUUAUGAUGCCAUUUUCUUCUCUGGCUCCUGUUGCAGGAGAAGAAGAGCUGCACUCCUAGACUCCAGGAUCCUUGCCUCAAACAUAUCUCUGGGCACUUGUUGUUACUCCCCCUCUACGAGGUCACGGGUAGACUGUACCAGAUGAACUGCAGGAACAUGAUGUUCCCAGCUCCUCUGCUCCCUCUGUUUUCAGCAGCAACUAGGUUCGGGUUUCCACAGGGAAACUUGUCUCGGCACCGCGUCAGAGGGCUGACCGUGCUCCCUCUGCGCUCAUUCUUGUUGGCUUCAGCAGGCAUUCAUCUCUCCUGAGUGGUGAUCCUGAGCCAGAUUUGGGCACCUGUAGUUGGGGCAUAGGGAUCCUGUCACAAAAUACCCUCAGGGUCCAAGGGGGAAGGCCCAUUUGGCAGCCGGAAUUUGGUCCUGCAGCUCCCCGAUCAGCCCCUCACUGGGCCGGAUCCCAUCGGCACCGGCUGCAGAGCUGCCCCAGAAGGGGGUUGGAGCCAAGGACAGGGUGAGGUUGGCAUAGACCCCCAAACCAGGCAGCAAAGAGAAGCAGUGUGGUGGAAAGAGCCUGAACAUCAGAGGACCUGUGUUCUAAUCUCAGCUCCACCACUCCU